CUGCGCCUACUGCUUCCGGUUGCUGGACAGAAGCGGCCGAGCUUUUCCGUCGUCAAGGCGACGUCGCUCGUCGGGUGAAGCGAAACUUACACUAUUGGAAAAAUGGUGAAUGUUUUGAAAGGAAUACUUAUAGAAUGUGACCCAGCCAUGAAACAGUUCCUGCUGUACUUGGAUGAGUCAAAUGCCCUGGGAAAGAAGUUCAUCAUACAAGACUUGGAUGAAACACAUGUCUUUGUGUUAGCUGAGAUGGUUAAUUUCCUGCAGGAGAGAGUGGGAGAGUUAAUGGACCAGAACUCUUUUCCCAUUACACAGAAAUAGAAAGUGGGAUUGGAAUUGUCUGUCAACCUGCAAUCAAUAGAUUUUGAACUGAAAGUGUGUGUAGCUUUUCCUGGUGACUGACUUGGAGGAGAUUGUACAGACAUGGUCACUACAAUUAGUGAACUAUGUAUACAGAUCAUAUGCCAACAAUUAUGUUUUAACCUGAUUGGUGUGGAAGGUACAACUCUUAAAAAAUGUUUCAAUGAUAACCAAUAAAGUAUCUGUCACUGCAAAUGA